AUGGAGAACCACCAAUCACCACCACCAACCGUACCAAAGAGGAAGCGGAAGCGACUCAACUUUGCCUGCAACCACUGCCGCGAGCGCAAGAUCCGAUGCGACGAGGGCCAGCCAUCUUGCCACUCCUGCCUGGCUGCGGGGAUCCCAUGCGUCACCACCGACAAGCGCCGGCCUGGCGCUGAGGUCGAGCGGAGGACCGCGGGAUCCCCUCGGCAGAUUCACAUGGGGUCGAAGAAAGUAACACUGAUACAUGUCGACGAGAUUGAACCGUUGCAUGGACCGGCCAGGUUCAAACGGGUCCGGACUCUGAGCCCAGCUCUGUCGACAUACUCUGAUGACACGGAUCACCUGACUCCAGUAUCAGCCACACCUGGAGAUGUAGACGACAACAACCUGUUGCCCCCGUCUGCCUUGGACCCACCUGCAGAGGAUGAAUCUGGCCGUUAUGGUGGACUGCUGCCCUUGGUGCCUCGCCUAAGGGAUAUUGGCACCCUCGAGACUUUGACAGGAUGGCUGGAUCUGGCAUUCUACAGGCUGGGAGUUCAUCGUCGGUUGAGGGCGGGUCUUGGAGGCAGCGAGUCGGGGACGGAACAACGACCACCUGUCGUCCUGUCACUGGUGCCUCCUGCGCUACCUGCGCUAGACUUGUGCCACGCGACCGUGAAUGUUUAUUUCAGUACCAUCAACCAGGCAUUCCCCAUCUUAGACUUGCCGACCGUCCGGGGGUGGGUUGGAUCAGCAAGCAAGUCCGGGUCUUCCGGGCCUGAAGGUCAGACCGGAGACAUUAUGUCGAUACUGCAACUCCGCUUGGUUUUGGUUCUCGGGUCAUUGAAUUGUCACGGCACCUGUGCCUUGGAAUCUGAGCAGAUGGCAGAGUACGUGAGCUACUGUCAAUCCAUGCUCGGUCACGUCCUCUCAACCAGGUCGCUGGAGGCCGUCCAAUACGUUCUGAUGCUUGCCAUCGCUCUCGGACAGCGCGAUCAGAUCUCAUCCUCUUGGCACAUCACGACACUAUGCGUCUCAAUGGCGCAAUCCAUGGGUCUACACCGGCGACGCAAGCCAAGCCGGCAGGACCCCAGCCCCGUGGAUGAGCAGGAAGAGGAGCUUCGGCGGCGGACGUGGUGGAGCAUAUACUCCUUUGAGAAGCUUUUUGCGUUUGAGUUUGGUCGACCGUCAUCCAUUCGGGAUUCUGACUGCGACCAAGCCGAGCCGGUCAGCCUCGUCCCAGCGAGCAGCAGUCAAGAGGGAGGAUGGUCGUUUCGCAUCUUGACCAGCUUUGCCAGGCUGCUGUCGCAGAUCAACGAUGCUGGCAUAAGAUCCCAAUCACGAGAGGAGAGGACCUCUCCUGGAAAUUUCGAGGUUUUCCUCCGACGCAAGCUCAAGUUGAUCGGCAAGUCCAUGUACCUGCUGACGCGGUGGGCGGAGACAGUGCCGGAUAGGAUGAGGCCGAGGUUUGAUUUGAUGUGUAGUCGUGAUGAAUAUCCUCUAGCGUCCUUCAUCUCGAUACACUAUAAUAAUGCGUUGAUGCUGUUAUCGAGAAAUAGCUUCCUCGUCAGCACCGAAGCCAUCAGGAAGACGGUUGAGAUGUACACCGCGGGCAAGCCCUGGAGCUCCAUAAUGGAGAAUGGAUCAACAGUCGCCGCCAACGCGGCGCGGACCAUGAUCAAAAUGCUUGUUGAUGGUCACGAGCAGGGUGCAGCCCCGGUCCUAUCGACACUGGCCCCGUCGCUGCAUGCGGUAUAUGUGCUAGCUAUCCACUUAUUGGCGAUGCCCGGCUCAAGGCUUGCAAGCUGGGACCUGGAUCACGGCGUGGAUUAUGUCAAAAGACUUUAUGACAAGCACCAUUCAGACAAGGAGAUUCACAGAAUACUUGAGUCCCUUAUGAAUCUGGUCGAUGCUACCAUCCAAGCUGCAAAACCAAAAACGGGCUCACAACAGACGAAUAAUGUUUUCUCCGGGGAAGCUUCGAGAUCUCUUAAUAGGUUGCCCACCGACAACGAGUUGACGACAGUUGACCAGUCAAACGCAUCAGUGACAGCAGCAGUUCCGCUGCAAAGUGCCCCUGCGGCUGAUUCCUUACGCACGGAACCGUUGGAAAUGACUGGCGGCGUAACCGGCAACACCGAUGUUCGGGAUUCAUUGUGGCCGGUAGACACGGCGAGCGAUAUGGGCUGGGGCUGGGAUGAUUUUGGUCAGGUAUUCGAUCUCAAUUUUGGGGGCUCAAUUGCAAGUUGA